CAAAACUUCCGAUUAGGAAGAUGAAAAAUAAGAUGGCGGCCUCUUAUGGGUCGGGCUUGCAAAGCCCACCUCCAAUAGGAAGGCCAGUAGAUCGAGUAUUUGAAGAUGCACAGUACACCGGCGAAAUAUAUUUGAAUGGAAGAAAGUUACGAGAUUAUCCCAAACUGUGUACUAAAUAUGACUUAAGUGAUACUACUCACGUUGAUAUUUCAAGAAACCGAUUAACAGAAUUGCCACAUGAAGUAUGUGAUUACAUCCAUGUAGAGAGGGUCAACUGCUACCAUAAUGUCAUUCGCUCCAUUCCUGAUGCCAUAUCUCAAUUACAGACACUAACACAUCUCAAUUUAAGUCGUAAUCAGUUAACAGUGUUACCUACUGCUCUGUGUCUACUCAAUGCCCUAGAAAUAUUAUCCGUCAGCAACAAUAAGCUUGUUUCACUACCUGAGGAAAUUGGAAAGUUGGAAAACCUCAUGGACCUGGAUGUCAGUUGCAAUGAAAUUUCUCAUCUUCCAUUACAAAUAGGAGAUUUAACAUCACUGCGAUGUUUGAAUCUUAGACGCAAUUUUCUUGUGGAACUGCCUUUUGAAAUCAGUCGACUUCAACUUUUCAAGCUGGACUUUUCCAGCAAUCGAAUUGAAAGGAUUCCAAUAGUCUUUCGUAAAAUGGAAACACUGGAGCAGUUAAUCCUGGACCACAAUCCAUUAUCAUCACCACCAGCUUAUAUAUGCACAAAAGGAAGGCAGCACAUCAUGAAAUAUCUUCACAUCCAAGCAGUGAAAGAAGAUAGAAAGAGAGGAAUACUUAACAAUGAUCCAGACAUGAAGCGCAACUUGAGGAAGUCACUGCCACCUCAACAGUCAUCUGAAGAGUUCCGCAACAUGCUUGUUGGACCAGAAUCAAAAUGGAAGAGACACACAGUUCUGAGUAAUGAUUCAGGCUAUAGUACCAGCGAUGGAACAGACAGAAAUGGCUGGCAGAGUGCUGAGGUUUAUGAGGAGAACAUUCAGGGUAGCCAUGACAGAUAUGGUCACAAUGUGCCGCAUCAACAGAUUCAUCAUUAUCGUGGACACCUUGGUGGUUCUGUUAGUGGACUGAAUAAAAGUAGCAUUUCCUCGUCUGUAUCUACCACUAUAUACGAGAAUGAAAACAAUCAUCACCCUCGGCUUGAUGGGACCAACAACUCCCAACCAAACCGAUUUUAUUCAGAUAGUUUAAACCACCGCCCUCCUCUGGGCUUGCACACGUCCUCUGCUCAGACAUCUUAUCUCAAUGGAAACUCAACUACCUUUUAUCAUUAUCCACCCUCACCUAGUCUGUCGAGGGCAAGAACAAUUAAUUCAUCCUCCAGUAGCUUACUAGGAAGUAACAAUCUAAAUUCACUUCAUAAUAGAUCUUUUAGUCCUACACCCAGCGAGACAUUUCAUCACAAAAGCUCAUCCAGUGUAUUAACAAGACAACAUUCCAACUCCUCACUGUCAUCAAACACUCCUCAAGACGAAGAGUCUAGGUCGAACUAUGUGCCAUAUUCCAGUACUCAUGAAAAGUCUUCCACCAAUGUUCCCACCAGUGAUGCAUACACAAAUCGAUAUUUGAUGCGUCAGAAAAGUUCUGAAUAUGUUAGCCGCUCUUACCUUCAGUCUGGUGAUUACCAAGCUGAGACCAGCACCAGCCCACCUCCGUCCUCCAUGGUAAUGGCAGGCGACCUCGAGGAUGAAUUUACCAGGGAGCUUAAGCGCCAGAAAGCUGAGUACGAGCGCAAAAAGAAGCAAGCAGAACAAAUCAAAGCCAAACAGCUGGAAGAGGAAGAAGAACUGGAAAAAGAAGAACGUCGCCGUGCAACCCUGAAGGUGCAAGAGGAACAGAAGCUGUUGUUGGAAAAAGAAAAGCAAGAGGAGGCCAGAAGGCAGGAAGAGCGACUCCAUCAAGAAGAAGAGAAAAGGAAAAAAGAUGAGGAAGCACUUCAUCACCAAGAAAUGCUAAGUAAACAAGAUUAUGCAAGGAACCAAAUAUUGGAUGAAAACAAGUUAGAAGAUACUCAGAAACCUACUGAAUCUAAACUUGCCGACAGAAAUAAAAUUGCUAAUAAAAAAAAUGUAUUGAAGUUUGGCUACUACAACUAUGCGAAUACACAGAUCAGUAGUUACUCUCGAACCCAGCCACAAUCAUCUCAUCAGCCACCACAACCCCCGAACUCUCUUCCCCUGCAUGGCAUCACAGGGCCAUUGGGCCCACCAUCCUCGCUGUCAUCAGCCUCGCCAACGUCAUACUCAGUGUCACCACAGCAGCAGCAGCAGCCACAAAGGAAUGACAGUAAUUACAUCCUAACUGAAAAUGAGUAUAGAAAUGCUCUCAGCUCACAAAGCUUCAAAGAGCAGAGGCGGCUGGCCAACAGCACUCAGUACCGACGGGCAGCGUCUGACACCCUGAAGAAGCCUGGCCAACAAGUGGACGUGCAAAACUUUAUCAACAGAAAUGGCGAGACCUCAACGCUGUCCAGCACGUCAACAACUCCCUCAGUUUCUCCCAGCCCAAGUCCAAGAAACUCUGUAUCCCACCUUGCUAAACCUGGAAGCCCCAGUGGCUCGACAUCUCACCUCACAAAACCCAACAGCCCCAGUGGCUCGAUGUCCCAGUUAGCUAAGCCGGUGGCCAACAAAUCGUCGGUGCCCCGGGCCAACGGUCCUGCGAGCACCGGCACAAACCAGACAGUUCGAAGGACAAAGAUGGCCGGGGACAGUUCUAAUGCAUCUAGUCCAGUGACUGCCCGCUCAACAAAAGCCUCUGGAAUAGCCAACAUGAAAACAUCUUUGAACCCAGCCACUUCCAAUAUUAGACGCAGCAGCAACAGUAGCACUACGGAUGAUGAUUCUAAAUCAAAGAAGACACCCUCGACGCCUACUGAUCCAUCUCGAUUAAAGUCCAAACUAGAAGAACCAAAACAGAGAGGAACUAUUCAGGCUCCUGGCAUAAAGAAAACAUCCUUGCCAGACAAUGUAGAUACAAAUAGAAGGAUACAGAAUCGACCUCCAGCCAAUAAUUUUGGUUCAGGAAGAGGCAGAGUGGGUGCUAAAACUGUUGAGGAUUCCAGUGCACUAAGAAGGCGAGAUGAAGCCCACAGAGAAGAAGCGGAACAAAUGGAUAGACUCAGACAAACUAUUGAAUCUAGACUACGAGUGACAUUGCCUGAUAAUUUAGCUGAAGCAUUAAGAGACGGUGUUGUUUUGUGCCACCUAGCCAAUCAGAUAAGACCAAGAUCUGUUGGGAGUAUUCAUGUUCCUUCACCUGCAGUUCCAAAGUUGACUGUGGCCAAAUGUCGAAGAAAUGUGGAUAACUUCUUGGAUGCUUGUAGGAAGAUUGGUGUGGAUCAUGAACAGGUGUGUGGACCACAUGACAUCUUGGAUGAGAAAGGAAUCUCAAGGGUAGCCAUCACAGUGGCCGCUCUGGUCGCCAUAGGAACCAACCCCAAACAGUCUGCAGUAUGACAGUUGUGCGAGCUGUUGGGAUCACUUGCCUCCCUAUUGAUCAUGUUAGUCCUCUUAGUGACAGCCACAGAGAUGAUGGGACUCCCAGUCUAUCCAUAUCGCUAAAACUUCAUGUCCAGUGGCUCGAUGGGAACUCCCAGGCUAUCCAUAUCUCCAAAACUUCAUGUCCAGUGGCUUUAUUUUUGUUGUAGCCAUUAUUCUCAUUUAAUUUGUUGAAUUAUGUUAGCAGUUUUUUGUUUUACAGGCUUUAGUUGAUCUUUCAUAUCAGACAGUCCGUAGCUUCCAAUGUAUUUUGUAAUGGCGCAAUUAGGAAACAAAUUAUCCAGUAUAUUUUAACAUGGUAAACUGAAUGCUUCAGUGAAAUGUGUCUUUUCAGGCUGUGAAUGAAGAUGAAUGUUAGUUCUAUGUUUGGCUCACGCUUUUGCUAAAUAGGCAAUUUUUUUUUUGUGGGAACUUAUUUAUUAUGUGAGUGUGUCGCAUGGGAUUGUUUUGCUUAUUUUGAAUUUCACACACAAAUAUAAAAGAACAUUUAAAAUUCUAUUCAUUUCAUAAUAACAGAUUUGUAUGUAAAUAUUUACCUGCGAUUCAAAUGACCACUGGGCUGUGCAAAAGAAAUGUGUAAAGUUUUCAAAGUGUACAUACAACUGAACAGAUCACUAUUAUCUAGAAACAUCAUGAUUCUAGAAGCAGACACAACAUUUUUUUUUUCUACAAACAUCAUGUUUCUAGAACAAGACACAACAAUUUUUUUAAGAAUUGCUAUCAAGUUUUUUAUGUAAAUAAGUUGACCAUUUUUUGUUAAUUUAAAAAAUAAAUGACAUUUAUUGUUGUAAUUUUUUUAUUAUCUUGAGAAGUGAGGUAUGUUUGUGAAUGUGAUCUACAUAAAUGACUUGCAUGUGUGUGUGUUUGUGAGGUAGAUUUCACUAUAAUACAUACAUGUCUAGGGUUUUAAACAAGGUUGAAGAAAAAAAAUGACACCAAUUUAGGAAUUAGUGUUUACUUCUAUGGUAUAAAUGUUUUCAUAUUACUGAAACCACAAAAGUAAAUUCACUGCAUUUCAAGUCUUAAAAAUAUUUUAACUUUUUAUUUGUACAAAAAUUGUGCAGCUAAAACUGUAGAAAGUUACAAUGCCAGAUAUGCACCUGUUUUUGUUUGUUUUAAUGUGUGCUUGUGAAGAAGUGCAGCCAUUUAGUGAGUGUACUACAUCUUAUUGAAGUACAUUCACAUUGGAAGAAACAACAGCUCUUUUACUUCAUCUGGUUGAAAUAAUUUUGCAGUGUGUCUGAUAAACAUUACACCCUUAUCUUUCCAGGAAUCUCUCAAAUUUUGACUUUAACUGGAAAAUAUAUAUAUUCUUAUUUAUAUUGUUUCUCCAUAUCAAAUUAAGUCCAGACUCCAUUAAACUUUACUAAAACACACAUUAGUUGUAUGUUUUGCCUUAAAUUUCAAGGAAUAGAAACUUAAAAAAAAAAAAUUGCUAUUUACACAAAAAGUUGUAACCAAUGAGGUAAUUACAUUAUUGAAGCUAAUAGAUAUUUUUUUUUAAAUGUCUCCUUUUUUCAAUGAUAGCACAUAUGACACAUCAUUUUUGCAGGCAGAAACUAGAAUUACUUUUUAACUGUUCUGCAUAUGGUGUUCACAUCAAGAUUUUUUUUGUUUGUGAAUAAAUGCACAAAUUAGUUAAUUUGCAGCAAAUAUCCUCUCAGGGGAGAAUAGAAAGGGAACAUCUUUGUUUAAUUAAAACAGAAUGGUAACUAGAGCUGAAGUAAAUGUCCUUGUCACUGCCCUAAAAUGCUGAGAGUUGAUAGUGGCUCUCAUUCAAUGCAAACCUUUUACUAUUGUUAAGAUGUAGGAAAAUAAAUUUUUAAACACGUUUUUGAAAGGACUGAAUGUGGGAUUAUUCAAUUAUUACAAAUGAGAUGCUAGGAUUAGAGUUAGUAAUUUGCAGUUAGUUGGGUAUUUUAACUUGGUUCUUUGUGCAUGCUGUGAUCUUAUUUUAGAAUUUUAAAAAAUUCAAUUGUUGUAUAGCAGUUAUGAGAUGAAGAUACACUGCAACACACAUACACAUCCAACGCAGCAUUAUUAUGCAAGUUUUAUUCCUUAGCAAUGUCAAUUUUUUAACUCUAAAAUUUGUAUUGAUAAAAAAAAAAUGUUUAUUGCUCUAAGUUUCAUACUGAAUAUAUUUUGUUUUAACUAAGAUCACAAACUUAUGUUGAGUUUGUUCUAGAACUGUUCGAAUAGUUAUUUGUAACAGGAAAUUAUUAUUAUUUUUAAAGUUGGACCUGAAAUUCUCAUUUUUGGCUGCUUAUUGAUAACUAGGGAGUUGACCUUCAAGAUUGACCUAUUUGAUCAACCAUUGUCUUUACAUGUCCAACAGCUCAUCUUGCGUCCAGAGAUUGGAUUUCAAUUAUUGUGUACAGUAUGUGUGUGCAUGUGUGCUCUCCCUUACCCACAGUGUAGCAGUUACAAAUA